AAUAUGGUCCUUCAAAAUAAUCUCAUUCGUCUGCGAGAAAUACAACAGCGAGUUGAGGAAGACAACGAGAACUUUGAAGGAAUCAACAGUGUGAGUCUCUCCACAAUUGACCGUGUCCUGAAACGCAACCUGAUAAGUCUCAAACAAGUCUACAGAGUACCAUUUGAGAGAAAUUCUGAGAGGGUAAAAGAGCUACGAUAUCAAUAUGUACAAAGAAUGUUUCAACUGGAUUCCAUGGAGAGGCCUCAUGAGUGCAUCUUCUUGGAUGAAGCUGGCUUCAAUCUCACCAAGAGGAGAAGGAGAGGCCGCAAUAUUAUUGGUCAACGAGCCAUUGUAGAGUUGCCAGGGCAGCGUGGUGGCAACGUGACCAUAUGUGCUGCCAUCAGCAGCUACGGGGUUAUUCACCGCCAUGUGACUUUAGGACCUUACAACACUGCCCAUCUUAUAACGUUUCUGUAUGCUCUACAGGAAGCAUUACUGAGACGUGAAGAGAGAGGUGAUGAGCAGGCAGAGCAUCCCAUGUACGUGGUAAUCUGGGACAAUGUGAACUUUCACCGUGGUCCUAGAAUCCGUGAGUGGUUUGAAAAUAACCCACGUUUUAUAAAUGUGUGCCUCCCACCAUACUCGCCCUUCCUUAAUCCCAUUGAAGAAUUUUUUUCUGCAUGGAGGUGGAAGGUCUAUGACAGAACUCCUUAUGCACAGGAAAAUCUCCUUCAGUCAAUGGAUGCAGCAUGUGACAACAUUGGAGUGGAAUCGAUUCAAGGUUGGAUUCGUCAUGCUAAAGGAUUCUUUCCCCGUUGUUUAGCAAGGGACAGGAUUGCCUGUGACGUUGAUGAGGUCCUGUGGCCUGACCAUGCCCAGAGGCAUGAUGCUGAGGCAGAAUGAUUCCAAGACAUUGCUAUCGAUCUGCUGCAUAUUUUGUUUGUGACUAUUUGUGUGCAGGAUUGUGCAAGCACUUCAUAAUAUAUCAAAUUUUUCCCCUGCUCUGCUUUGAGUGCAGUGUUUUGCAUUUAUCUCUGUAGUGUGUAAUGACUGCUGUGUAGUGUUUAUGCAUUAGCUGGAUGUGUGUGAUAUCUGAAAACAGUGUUUGGUUUUGGGUAAAGAUAACAUAGUUCUGAAGCAAUUGUUUGAUAUAGCAAGACAAGUCAAAGGUUUUGACAGUGUAGCUUAAGUUUGGUGAUUUGUGUUUAAGGUUUUGGGAAAGCGAGAGAAAUGUUCAAAAAAUGUGUUUUAGCAACUCAGAAAUA